GGACUGAACUGUGAGCUUUACUUGAAGCAGCGAUUUCCCAAUGGGGUUACUUCUGAUUACAAAGGGUUUUCCUUGUUGCUUGAUUGUGAGUUUGGUGGGGAAUCCCCACUGGUAUCCAAUGCCAUUGUUACUUAGCGCUUUAGUAUUGGAGAUCAUCUUCUUUCUGUUGAGCAACGUCCAGGGACGGACUGACCAUAUGGAAACUCGGGCACUGCCUGAGGGCCCGGGGUCAGUAGGGGGCCCCAUGAGAUUCCCCUGGUACCUUUUUCAUAGGCUUUUUUGAGUUUGGGCAAGGACACAGGAGCCCCAUGAUCCCCUAUUGCCCGGGGGCCCCAUGA